CCAGAGUUCAGCCGCCGCUGGUGUCAGCUGCACGAGGGUCUCUUCAACUACUACGAGAGCAACACGCACACCGUCCCCAACGGAGAGCUCCGGAUGCAGGAAGUCGUCUGCCUCGCCACUCCCCCGCCGGACACACAUGGGUAUGCAAAUACCUUUGAGAUGUACACGGAGGCGGAGAGACUCUACCUCUUUGGCCUGGACAACCCCAAGGCCAUCCGGGAGUGGGUCAAAUGCCUGGCGAAGGCCUUACUCCCUCCGGCGGCCGAAGGGCUCCUGGCCGGGGAGUUUGAGCGCCUGGGGCGCCUGCGCUACAAGGGGGGCCUGAGCCUGGAGAAGGCCAAGGAGGGCUGGUUUGCCCUGGGGGGCUCCACCCUCUACGCCCUGCUGGACGGCAGCGACAAAGAGGAGCCCAUUCAGCUGCGGAAGCUCCAGGAGCUCUCCCUCGAAAACGACGUCCUCGUGCUGGUCGAAAGAAGAAGGUAAGCGGUUCGUUUAACGACGGUUCGAAGUUGCAAUGGGGCAGAAAAAAAAAUGACCUACAACCGGUCCUCGCACUUGCGACCGUUGGAGCAUCCCUGUGGUCAUGUGAUUAAAAAUCCGGGCCAUUGGCCUGUCUUUGUGACCCUGGGCAGAGUCUGGGAUCGAGUGGAUCCCCUUUGGGGAUCUUCCCAGCUGACUUCCGACGGUGAACUGGAUUCGCUUAAUGACCACGCGCUGCAGGGAGUCAUCCAGCAGGGCAAGAAGGUUGCCAAAUUGGGAGCCGCUCACUUAACAGCUGCCUCACUUAGCAACCGAAGUUCUGGCCCCCGUUGUGGUCGUACGUUGAGGACUACCUGUAAAGAUGGGGGGUUUUUUUCUUUCAAAGAAAUUAAAAUUUGAAUUGAAUUGAAUUAAAAUUCAAAUAUUCAGGGUUUAAUUUUGCCUUUUCAGGUUUUUUUUAUUUCCAUUUUAUGAAGAAGGGAGGGAGGAAGGAAGGAAGGCAGAACUGA